UCCAGACUACGUGUUUUUGGUUAGGUUUUUGCUGUUAGCAUUAUGGCGCGAUUUUAAUAUUAUUGUUGUAAUAGAUAAUAGAUAGAUAAUAGAGUUACUUGUCUUGCACACUUGCAUAAAAUAAAAUGGGUUCUACAGAAAAUUCUAAUCAGAAACGGAUAAUCGAGUUGGUUCACGAUGAAGAAAAGAUUGUGACUACUGCUUUAGUUGCAAAUGAGCUAAAAAUAUCACUGAGUGAAGCCACCAGACACUUGAAUCAGUUUAUUGAAGAUUCCCCGAAAUUAAAACUGGGGGAACUACACUGCACUUAUUUACUUUGUGGUGCUUUGAAAGACAAGCAGGGUUCAGUGAUUUACCUCGUCAGGGAUGAAGAUUUACAAGAGAAGAAGGAUUUGUUCGAGAAUAUUUCAUCAGAAGUUGUUUACAGUGUUCAGAAGGCGAGACAAAUUGAUUACAACAUGAUAGCCUUAACAGACUCCUCUUAUGACAAUUUUGCUGGUUGUUUGACUAGUAAAAACUGUGUGAAACGAAAUGUUAAGGAGAAAACUUUGCCACCUCUGCCUCCAACUACUGUCAAGGAAAAAGGUUCAUUCUUUAAAAAGGUUGACUCCCAGCCAAAACCAGUGACUCAAGCAACUGCGAAAGAAAGUGUCAAAGAACCACAAUCAUCACAAAAACAAAGUAAAAUCACUUCCGUCAAACCUAAACAGAAUGGAGGGAUUGCAAGUUUUUUUGCAAAAGCUCCACCCAAGUCAGAGAAAGAAGACGUUAAACCUAAAAGUGAAGAAAAGAAGAACGAGGUUGAAGAAACUAAGGUUACUACUAGCAAAUCUAUUGAUGAAGACAGUCAAAAGAUUGAAGAAAUGGAUGUAGAUAUUGAAGAGAUAAAACCAGUUGCACAGAAGGUUCAAAAGCAAAGUACUAAGAAAAGGAAGAAGAGCAGUAAAAGUGAUCUUCCCAAUAAAAAGAGGAAAAGGAUACAGCAAAUCUGCGAUUCAGAUAGCGGUAGUGACAUUUUCGAAGAUGAAGACCGUGAAGAAGAUAUUAUUGAGAAAUCUGAUGAAGAACCUGUUGAGAUUCCAGUUGCGAAACCAACACCAGCCCCAAAAAAUAAAAAGAGGAAGGCUGUUGAUAAGACUUACGUUGAUGAAGAAGGCUUUAUAGUUACAAAUGUUGAAUAUAUUUACGAAAGUGCCUCUGAAGAUGAGAAAGAAGUACCAAAGCAGGAAUCUCAACAAAAGCCCAAGGUUUUGUCAGAAAAGAAGAACAAUAAGGCAGAACUUGAGAAGCCAGCAACAAAAGGGAAGAACAAGAAACCAGUCAGCGGAAAACAACCAACACUGAUGAGCUUUUUUAAGAAAACUUAAUAUUGUGAUUUUUAUCAAAUUAUUUAUCGUUUUAUUUCAUUUAGAAGCAGUUUGUCUUUAUUAGAAUAAAGAAGUUUGAACUUA